CUCGCAAGUGCACGAGUCGCGGUAGUACAGUGCUCAAGUAAGGGUCGAAUCCACGGGGAAAAUGCAACUAAGUAAUUGGAAAACUAUUAAUUAAUAAAAAUAAAAGUGAAAUUAAUCUAACUAAAAAAAUGAAUUUUGAAUUUGUUUGAUUUGAAACUGAAAAGUAAAGCUUGAAUUAAAAUGGAUGCAAGGAAUUUAAAUGAAUGAAUAUAAAGUAAUUAAACAACUAACGGAAAUUGGUUGAGAAUUUAGCAAGAGAAGAGAUAGUACAGGAUUAUGAAUCAGUCACUACUUUUUAGUAUUUGUGAUUUAGUUAGUCAAUUAAAAUUGAGGGGUUCGUUCUAGACAGAAAUAUGACUAUUCCGUAUGGCGUCCAGAAUAAGUCACGUACUUUAACUAUUAAUCAACAGGAAAUAAUUAAUUCAAUAGUUAAAAUCCAUUUAUCACAAAAGAACUACGGAAACCCGAUUUAACAACCAAAUAGAUAACUUAACAAGACAGUCAAAUUAUCUAUUCUUUUAUCCAAAAGAGCUCGGAAUAAUAGGCAUGACAUGUACUCUAUUAAUCCACUCAAACAACUUAAUCAAUCAUACUAAAAUUGGCCAGAAGUUAACACAACAAAUUAAGUGAAUAAGAACAAUGGAUAAAACUCAACCAAUUGACAUAACUAAAUUCACAAUUUAUACUAAAUCAUAGCAACUUCAUCAUAACCCGGACUUAAAAAUUUAGCUACUCAUCCUGAAAUAGAAAUCUAGUAAAACAGUAAGAAAUAAAGAGAUCAUCUUAACGAUAAUGAAAUCAACCGACUGUGCUAAUACUCAAAUACAAAGUAUUUAAAUAGAGUACGAGUCAAGACCAUGAGGGAUUGGGGUUGAUUCAAACCAGAAUUUUCUAGAACAGUAAACGAUUCCUUCCUCCAGGAUUUUGCAGCCUGAAAACCAGAAGAACUGAAGAACUGUGUGUCGUCCCUAGGCCAGGUCUGCCCUCCCUUUCCGAGAAGUAUCUACGUCCCUUGCUAUGCACAGACAGUGACUAAGCAGCCCCGUCCUCUUCGAAUCAGCUCCCAACUGUCCGGCUUCCUCCUGCCUAGCUACUCCAGUCCGGCUUAUUCUCCCCAGGGAACCCUUGCUGCUGCGUUUUUAUUCGGCCCAAGAGUCUCUCGCUACAGUCCUUUUUUUUGGGCUCUUCUUUUUUCUUUUCUUAUGGAUUUGGGUUGCUGGUGCAGUGGUGCGUGACUUGAGAGGGGAAAUCCUCCUUUUUUUUUUUUUUUGCUGCGUAUAGUCUAUCUCCAAAGAUUCUAGCUCCCAAUCAAACUCACAUAAUGAGAGGGCUUGUGUUUAUUUAACUUAAAGUGAUCAGCCAAUGAAUUGGGCAAUUCAAAGUAACUCCAUUAUCUUGCAAUUUUCUCAAUUCAGCCCAGAAAAUCAUUAAAUUCUUCAAUUGUGGCCCUCCACCUAUAAAAAUUAUUUUUAACACAAAAUAUAACUCAAACCUCUCAAUUAGGCAAAUAAUAAGCAUAGAAUUGAAAUAAAGUAAUUUUAAAAUGAAGCACAAAUUCUAGCUCAUCAAACUCCCCCACACUUGCAUUUUGCUUGUCCUCGAGGAAAAUUAAAAUCAAGAAACAAUUCUAGCUCCAAGUGAUCAAAAUUCCCUUUCACUCACCAAGCAUUCCAACAUUCCUCUCCAUGACAAGAUAACUCAAGAAAUUCAAAUCAAGUAGGACCACAAUGCCAAACUCAAAUGUCAAUUAUCGAGACUCUCAUGUCAUUAAUAGAGAUGUAUUUUACAAUUCUAAAUGACCUAGUGAGAUGCUCAAGAAACUUUCCAGAAUUCAUGCAAAAUCCAAAGUCAAUCAGUCAACACUCUAUAGUCAUCAUGCACUCUUCCUUCCACCUUAUCAAAGCACAAACUUGAUCAAGAUCACUUAGGACUUUUAUUCGGGUUGUAACGUGGCCAGGGGUAAUGGUUAAUGAAAGAAAGGAUAUGUGAAAUCAAAAUAAAAGAGAAGACAUUUUCUAUACUAAAUUGAUCCUAGGAAGAGCUCAAAAAAAUGCUAAAGGGGCACAAAAAAACUAUUACAACAAUCAACCGGCUUCUAAAAUAACGGAGUACAUACAUAAAGUGAAAACAAUACAAACUUCAACUCCAUUCAUCUUUUUUUUUUUUACUUUUCUCUUUUUUUUCACUUUUUUUUUUCGUUUUUUUUUCUUUGUAUUUUUUUUUCAGCUUUUUUUUAAUGCUACAUCAACACUACUUCUAAAAGGAAACGUCAAGCUUCCAUAACAAAAUUACAUAUACAAACAGCCGGAAAAAAAAUGCUCCAAUAAGAUGAAAACUCUUCCAAGUCACAAUUUAAGUAAAAAAAUGUCAACUCAAGGGUGAUGGGAUAUUUUUUGGCUAUUUGGGCUCGGGUAAAUAAUGGUGGGUAAUAACAAAGAAAUUAUUAGUCAAAGCACGGUAGAAUGCUACAAGACCAAGUAGGCUCAAAGGGGGUAGCAAGCGGAAAUAAAAUGCAAAGGGUAGGCUAAAAGUCUCGGGUUAUGAAAAAUGGCCUAGAUCACUUCUCAAUCAGUUUGCACAAUAACUUAGCUUCCAAAAGAGCAACAAGACAAGUUCUAUCAUGCUAGAUAAAAGACAAAGGACUCACACUCUUUCCAGGAACGUUCAAGAUGCAUCCUAAAAGAUCAUAAAGAAUUGAAAAGUACAUCAAAAUUAAUGACACAAGAAGCUAUGAAAUUGACUCCAAGUAAAAACAAUGUGAAGGACUCGAUCAAACUCAAGAGAAAAUCUACCAUGUAGACCACCAAUCAUACCACAUACCAAUGAAAGGGAAAAUUUUCACAGCUUGAAGCCAAAGAAGUAAUCCUGAAAUUACAUUUCCCUCAAAUCCAAACAAGAAAACAGUUUUUUUUUUCAGUUUUUCUGAUUUUUUUAUUUGUUUUUGUGACUAAAAUAAAACAAAAAACGAGAGCUACUCCUCCCCCACACUUAUUUCAAGCAUUAUGCACAAUGAAAGAAUGAUAAAAAGGAAAAGAAAUACUCCCUGAUGCACUACGAACAGGAACGAAACAUCUUCAAUAUUAUCUGCAAAACUAAAAAACUAAGAAAGAAAAGAACAGUAUGGGGAGGGGAAAAACAGAAUUAAGAGAAUGAUUUUUUUUUUUGGUUUUUUUUAAUAUUUUUUUUUAAAGCAUGUGAUUAAACACAACAAGAGCAACAGUGUUCCCAAAGCUCAAGAUUUUCAACUCGCUCCACCAAAUCUCCACCACAUGAAUAUCUCUUCACUCUCUCACCAUUCACUUUAAAAAUAUUCCCGGAUUUUGGAUUUAUAAGCUCAAUUACACCAUCGGGAAAAAUUUGGCGAAUCACAAACGGGCCAGUCCACUUAAACUUUAUUUUCCCCUGAAAAAAUCUUAAACGAGAGUCAAGCAAUAGCACUUUAAUUCCAGGUUUAAAAUCUUUCCUUAAAAUGGACUUGUGCUGAAAAAGAUUAGUGCGCUUCUUGCAAACUUCCGCACUCUCAUAAGCAUGAUUCUCAAGUUCAUCUUCCUGCAACUUGUCCAAAGGAACAAUAGGAUCAAGAAUAUCAAGUGCAAAGCAACAACUAGAAUCAGCUGACAUGUUCAUUGAUUUCAAAAUGGAAAACUCAACUGUCUCGUCAAGCACACUCAUAGUCAAUUUUCCAUUUUGAACAUCAAUCAUAGUUUUUGCCGUAGCCAUAAAAGGUCUACCAAGUAAAAUUGGCAUGUCUUUCACAUACUUGCACUGAUCAUCCAUAUCCAAAACCACAAAAUCAGCAGGAAUGAUCAACUUAUCAACUUGAACUAAAACAUCCUCUACAAUGCCCCUAGGAUAUCUAAUAGAGCGGUCAGCAAGCUGUAGGGACAUAGUAGUAGAUUUAAGCUCAUUCAGCCCUAAUUUCAAGUAAACAGAAUAAGGCAUCAAAUUAAUACUUGCCCCCAAGUCAAGCAUUGCUUUUUCAGAUUUAGAAUUCCCUAAAUUAAUGUUGAUUAUAAAACUGCCAGGGUCCUCUAAUUUCGGGGGCAAAUCUUUUUGUAAAACAUCACUAACAGCCUUAGAAACAAAAACUUUUUCAUUUGGUUCAUACCUACGCUUUCUAGUGCUCAAUUCUUUCAAAAACUUAGCGUAGGCAGGCAUGUUUUUUAUCAUGUCAAGAAGAGGCAAGUUCACAUUAACUUUGGACAACAACUUAUAAAUCUCUUCAAAAGAACUGUUAAGCUUAGAACUUUUUAACCUGUUUGGAAAAGGAACGGGUGGAACAUAUGGCUUAGGCGGCACAUAUGGAUCUUCAGCUUCGUGCAGCCCGGUCUCCUCAUUCACUGAUUCAGCUUCAAGUUCUUUAUUUUCAGCUUCUACCUCUUCUGGUGGCUUCAAAAUGGGCUGCCUUUCAUCUUUCUCAAUUAUCUUCCCACCCUUCAGAACCGUGAUAGCUUUUGCCUCCUCGGUGUGGCUCGGUAGCUUCCCUUGCACAUGGCCUUGUAAACACUCAGCAAUCUGUCCCACUUGUAUCUCUAGCUUCCUCAAAGAGGCCUCGGUGCGCUGAAAACGCUGAUCGUUUGCUUGCUGAUUUUGGGUGCAGAUUUGCAUGAAAGUUUGCAAAGUAUCCUCCAAAGCAGGCUUCUUUUGGACAGGUGAUGGCUGGUUGCUUUGUUGUGUGUUACUCCAAGAGAAAUUAUGAUGGUUCCUCCAAUCGGGAUUGUAAGAGUUUGAGAAUGGCUCAUUUCUUGGCCCGUGAUUGUAGGAGUUCAUCAUAUGAGCUUGCUCAAAACCAGCUUCAGGUACUGCAUGCACAACGGGAGUAGACAUGCUCAUUGUCAUCACAUAGCACAUAUUCUUCAUCUGUUUGGACAACUCGGACAUCUGGAUGGCUAGUUCUGUCCCAACUCCCACUUCAUAAAUUCCUGGAGUUCUGCCACACACACGCUUCUGUUGUGAAUUGGCUCCGAGCAUAUCAAAAAGCUCUAAAGUCUGUUCUGCGGUCUUCUCUCCCAUUGCUCCUCCAGCUGCGUUGUCAACAAUAGCUUGGCAUCCUUGGUUUAAACCGUCAUAAAAGGUCUGAUUCUGGAGCGCCAAUGAAUAACCGUGGUGAGGGCAUUGAGUGAGUAGCAUCUUGAAUCUUUCCCACGCCUCAUGAAAUGGCUCACCUUCAGCUUGAGUAAAAGUGGCAAUCUUUCUUCUUAAUUCUGAAGUUUUCGACUGAGAAUAAUACUUGCCAAUGAACUUAUUGUACACAUCAUUCCAAGUGCGCAGGGAACCAGGUGUCAAAGACAUAAACCAUGCCUUCGCAGCUUCUUUUAGAGUGUAGGGAAAACACCUCAUCUUCAGCUCAUCUUCAGUCACUCCUUGCAAGGGGAAAUUCUGAACAAUGCCAUAGAAGUCUCGAAUAAAAAUCAGGGCAUCCUCAGAUGAAAGUCCAUGAAAAGAUGGCAAUUGGUUAAAGUGAACCGUCUUUAGAUCAUAGUUCCUGGCAGCCUCACUCAAUACAAUGCAAGACGGAGAGACACCCACAGUUGGUCUCCCAAACUCUUUCAUUAGCUGCGCGUCACCCAUUGUUGGAUUAGGAGCAAAUCGGAGCCUCCUCUUUGUUCUUUUGCCAAUUAAGUCAACUUGGUCGUUCAACGAUAGCAAAUCUGGAUUAAGUGACCUGCGACCAAGCAUACAAAAAAAACGAAAAAAAGAAAAGCAAACACAACUAACUAAAAUAAAAACAAAAUUAACAAUUUUCCAAAAACUAGUUAAACAAAUUCCCCGGCAACGGCGCCAAAAAUUGAUAGACAAUUUAAUAGUCCUCGCAAGUGCACGAGUCGCGGUAGUACAGUGCUCAAGUAAGGGUCGAAUCCACGGGGAAAAUGCAACUAAGUAAUUGGAAAACUAUUAAUUAAUAAAAAUAAAAGUGAAAUUAAUCUAACUAAAAAAAUGAAUUUUGAAUUUGUUUGAUUUGAAACUGAAAAGUAAAGCUUGAAUUAAAAUGGAUGCAAGGAAUUUAAAUGAAUGAAUAUAAAGUAAUUAAACAACUAACGGAAAUUGGUUGAGAAUUUAGCAAGAGAAGAGAUAGUACAGGAUUAUGAAUCAGUCACUACUUUUUAGUAUUUGUGAUUUAGUUAGUCAAUUAAAAUUGAGGGGUUCGUUCUAGACAGAAAUAUGACUAUUCCGUAUGGCGUCCAGAAUAAGUCACGUACUUUAACUAUUAAUCAACAGGAAAUAAUUAAUUCAAUAGUUAAAAUCCAUUUAUCACAAAAGAACUACGGAAACCCGAUUUAACAACCAAAUAGAUAACUUAACAAGACAGUCAAAUUAUCUAUUCUUUUAUCCAAAAGAGCUCGGAAUAAUAGGCAUGACAUGUACUCUAUUAAUCCACUCAAACAACUUAAUCAAUCAUACUAAAAUUGGCCAGAAGUUAACACAACAAAUUAAGUGAAUAAGAACAAUGGAUAAAACUCAACCAAUUGACAUAACUAAAUUCACAAUUUAUACUAAAUCAUAGCAACUUCAUCAUAACCCGGACUUAAAAAUUUAGCUACUCAUCCUGAAAUAGAAAUCUAGUAAAACAGUAAGAAAUAAAGAGAUCAUCUUAACGAUAAUGAAAUCAACCGACUGUGCUAAUACUCAAAUACAAAGUAUUUAAAUAGAGUACGAGUCAAGACCAUGAGGCAUUGGGGUUGAUUCAAACCAGAAUUUUCUAGAACAGUAAACGAUUCCUUCCUCCAGGAUUUUGCAGCCUGAAAACCAGAAGAACUGAAGAACUGUGUGUCGUCCCUAGGCCAGGUCUGCCCUCCCUUUCCGAGAAGUAUCUACGUCCCUUGCUAUGCACAGACAGUGACUAAGCAGCCCCGUCCUCUUCGAAUCAGCUCCCAACUGUCCGGCUUCCUCCUGCCUAGCUACUCCAGUCCGGCUUAUUCUCCCCAGGGAACCCUUGCUGCUGCGUUUUUAUUCGGCCCAAGAGUCUCUCGCUACAGUCCUUUUUUUUGGGCUCUUCUUUUUUCUUUUCUUAUGGAUUUGGGUUGCUGGUGCAGUGGUGCGUGACUUGAGAGGGGAAAUCCUCCUUUUUUUUUUUUUUUUUUGCUGCGUAUAGUCUAUCUCCAAAGAUUCUAGCUCCCAAUCAAACUCACAUAAUGAGAGGGCUUGUGUUUAUUUAACUUAAAGUGAUCAGCCAAUGAAUUGGGCAAUUCAAAGUAACUCCAUUAUCUUGCAAUUUUCUCAAUUCAGCCCAGAAAAUCAUUAAAUUCUUCAAUUGUGGCCCUCCACCUAUAAAAAUUAUUUUUAACACAAAAUAUAACUCAAACCUCUCAAUUAGGCAAAUAAUAAGCAUAGAAUUGAAAUAAAGUAAUUUUAAAAUGAAGCACAAAUUCUAGCUCAUCAGACCCACCUACAAACAAAUCUUCUAAUCAGGAUGCAAUAUCAGAUUCAAAGAUUAAGGAGAAGGAAAUAUUGGAUCACUUACUGCUUGGAGAUAUCCCCGGACUUACUGUCUGCCACAAUGAAGGAAAGCAGGACAUUAAAGAUGACUUCUCCAUCCAGUUCAUGGAGAAACAAUCUGAAUAUGAUCCUGAACUUGCAUCCAAGGAAUAUGGUUCUGAUUCUGAGCCACCACACAGACAGGAAAGUAAACAAGAUUGGUUAGAUGUUUUACCUGCUCUCAUCAACAAAGUCAGCUUCAUGGUUCAAUCUAGGAAACAAAGAGAAGAUACAGAAUUGAUAGCAGCACUAUCACAGUCACCUGAAAAACAAAUUGACCAAAAUCUUGAAGAGGAGGAGUUCAUUAAGGUGGGGAGAAGGAGAAAACAAAAGAAAACAAUUCCACAGACACCUACUAUGACCACUAGGAAUGCUGCCAAAAGGCAAUCUAAAACUAUUCCUACUGGUUACCCAUGAAUGGUUUAGUCUGGAAUGUGAGAGGUUUGGCUUCCUCCGGGCCAAGACUAUCUCAAUUGAUUGCUACUUGGAGGAUUCACUUUCUUAUAGUUAUUGAGCCAAUGGUUGAUCACAAUAAGGCUG